GAAGCUUUCGUGCCAAAGGCCUACACGUACGCCGCCUGCUCACAGGAAGAAGCAGCUAGCCUUGUUCAGUGCUUCCAUACGUGCAAAGGUCUCCCUGCUUCAAUCGGCACGGACUGCGUGUCCCGACUCGAGCAACCAGCUUCGCGAUGCCCAUGGCGCCGGGGCUAGGAUUCCUCACGAAGGCCGUGCUGCUGGUGCUAGCGCCCGUGUUCAUCUCCGUGGCGCUGUACAGCCCCAAGGACUUCUCGCCGGCGGCGAUGCCGCCGGAGUACAGCUUCGGCGCCGACGACGUGUCCGUGCCCGCGUCGCGGCACGACGCGCGCGCUCUGGACGCGAGCGAGCGGGUCGGCGAGGGGCGGCUCCCGGGCCCCGAGGACCUGGCGUACGACGCCGCCGGCGGGUGGCUCUACACGGGAUGCGCCGACGGCUGGGUCCGGCGUGUCAGCGUGCCCAGCGGGGCCGUGAAGAACUGGGCAUACACCGGGGGGCGUCCGCUCGGCGUCGCGCUCACCGGCGACGGCGGCAUCAUCGUGGCGGACGCGGAUAAGGGGUUGCUGAGGGUGGGCCUGGAUAAGUCGGUGGAGCUGCUGACUGACGCCGCGGAGGGCCUUCGAUUUGCGCUGACCGACGGCGUGGAUGUGGCCACCGACGGCACCAUCUACUUCACCGACGCGUCCCACAAGCACAGCCUUAGGAACUUCAUUCUGGAUGUGCUUGAGGCACGGCCUCACGGCCGGCUCAUGAGCUUCGACCCCUCUACGCGUCGAACCACCGUGCUGGCGCGUGACCUUUACUUCCCCAACGGCGUCGCCCUCGCGCCCGACCAAGGUUCCCUCAUUUUCUGCGAGACCAUCAUGAGGAUGUGCUCGAGGUACCACAUCAAGGGCGACAAGGAAGGCAUGGUGGAGAGGUUCAUCGACCGCCUGCCUGGGUUACCUGACAACGUUCGCUACGAUGGCGACGGCCGCUACUGGAUCGCGCUUUCUGCGGGGAGGACGCUGUUGUGGGACAUGCUGAUGGGAUCGCCGCUGCUGCGGAAGCUGGUGUACUUGGUGAACAGGUACGUAGCGGCGGUGCCGAAGAGCACCGGGGGUGCUGGGACGUUGAGUGUGGGGCUGGACGGGACCCCUGUGACCAUGUACUCUGACCCCCGGCUUGUGCUCGCCACCGGCUGGUUCAAGGUCGGGGACUACCUUUACUAUGGGUCGCUCCAGAACUCCUACAUCAGUAGGAUUGACCUCACGAAGUCAUUCAUCGAAGCCUAGGUAGGUUGGAUGUGACGUUGAAUUCUGUGUAUGUUGUCUUUGUAAACAAAACAAGUCCUUGCAAGUACAAUGUAACACGCGUGAUACACUGUGUGUCACUUCUCUCUUUUUUAUGUAAUGGAAACUUUACUUAACCUCUGCAUAAAUGAAAUGGGAACUUUACUUUA